CCAAGUAGUGCACAGACUAAAUGGCUCAAAUUGCAAAGAUUGAGUCCCAAGCAGAGCUGAAAUCAUCUGCAGCCAAGUUCUAUGGCUUUUUCAAGAGCAACAUGAGCUCUUUUGUUCAGAUGUUCCCUCAAAUCUUUAAGAACUUCGAAGUUGUGGGGGGAGGUGAGAUCAGAACUGGCUCUGUGACUAAAUGGACAUACGACCUUGGAGAGGGUGUAAUUGCAGCAAAAAUCAAAAUCCAAGCCUUAGAUGAUGGAGAUACGUCAAUUACAUUUGUUAUCCUUGAAGGAGAUGUUUUGAAGGUCUAUAAGAGUUUCAUGGCAAAGAUGCAAGUUACCAAAGCUGGUAAUGGUGGGAGCAUAGUGAAAUGGACCCUUGAAUUUGAGAAGGCAAAUUCAAAUACACCUGAUCCAAAAAUCUAUGCAGAAUAUGCAAUCAAAGUGUCCAAGGGCAUUGAUGCUUACCUUGGAAGGGCUUGAUUCACACUAAUAUACAAGCUCAACGACUGGGUUAUAUCUAGAUAUGUAAAUCACAUAUAAUUAAGUAGACACAUCUUUCAUUCUUCUCUCUGUAUUUCCACCUUGUUCUCAGUUUCAAUUAAUCUCUUUGUGAGAGUAUAUGGUCAUGUGUUCUUAUUCCAGAUAA